UAUAUGAAGCAGCUACCUAAAAUAUAUACAUUACAAUCAUAUUUAAAUAAUUCAUGGUAGAAAAGCAGUAAACGCCAUGUAGAUAAAUUAUCCACAACAAAUAUGGCCGCAUGUUUCGUCUAUCUUCGUGUCCCGGAGAAACGCGAAUCUCUAAGUCUCCUCCUACCGCGCCGCAUGUAAACAAGGUCAAACAUAAAUUGCCGCAGACAACGCCGUGUCCCGUUCGAAGGACAAUAACCAAAAAGAUCAACCGACGUAUUCUGCACCAGCUGCAAAGAAACGGAUAUCUCUGAAUCUCUGAAUCCCUGGCCGUAAACUCUGGGGAAAACAAUCCUGGGAAAAGCCUCGCGGCUUGCCACACUCCCACCGUCCUACCCCCCCUCCAUCCUGCCUCUCCUCCGUCCUGCCCCUCCUCCCAGGAACUGACUGUCCCGCCCUCCGUUCUUUUUUUUCUAAGCAGAGCCCAGCGGACGAGGAGCAGAAUGGAGUGCCUGCGGUUCCUCGUCGAGCCGGCCAAAGAACUCACGAUCCGGCUGAAGGACUCUCGUGGGAAGGCAGAGAAAGUGAAGAAAGAGUCAUUGGUGGAGAGCCAGUUAUUUAUCAUGGAAUUGGCCAGAGAGCUUAGCCGCCUCUGCCAGCGGGCAGAGAUUCUGGGACACAUCUGGAAUGGGGAGGACGUCUGGCCCCCCCAGGUGUGCCAGGCCUUCAUCCUGGACUGGGCCUCACAGCUGGAGAGCCAGAUGACGGGCUGCCCAGACAAGCAUGACCAGCGCGAGCCACAGGGGCGCUGGAGCGAGGAGGACGUGGAGCGGGCACAGGGCACCGUCACGGCGUGGAGCAGGGGACUGAGGAGCCGGCCUGAGCUCAGCGUGUGGCCGGGGGAGUCGGUGGUUGUGACUCUAGAUGACCUGGAGGCCCAGUGGAAGAGAGGGAGGAUGCCGAACCUGCAGUCUGCCAUGGAGCUGGUCAUAUGGGCCGUGCUGACUGAGGGGCUGGACAAGGAAGCUGUCCCUCGGCUGUGGCUCACCAGGAAGCAGAGACGACAGAAAAUUGCGGCUGCCCAAUACAUCCCCCACACAGUGUGGAACUGGAUCUGUGAAGCAUCAGUGGAGGUGACCCUUGACCUGGACACAGCGAACCCCGACCUGCUGAUCUCUCCGGGUGAGAAGAGGAUGCGCUGUGGCUUCGAGAGGAAGGACGUGCCCAACUUCCACGGGCGCUUCGACGGGUGGUGGUGCGCGGUGGGCGUGGCGGGCCUCCGGUCGGGACGACACUACUGGGAGGUGGAGGUGGGCGAGAGGGACUGGCGUUUGGGCGUGGCCAAGGAGUCGGCCCUGAGGAAGGGCUUCAAGUCCCUGAACACGGACACGGGGUACCUGACCCUGCGGCUGGAGAGGGGCAGCGAGCUCAAGGCCCUGACCGUGCCCUACACCCCCCUGCCCUCCGCCCUCAUCCCCUGCAAGGUGGGCGUGUACCUGGACUGCGAGGAGGGCCAGCUGUCCUUCUACGACGCGGAGAAGCGCUCGCACAUCUACACCUACAACGAGGCCUUCGGCGAGGCCCUCUACCCGCUCUUCGGCACGGUGGAGAUCGUCAGGGACCUGGUCAUCAAGCCCGUGGGCGUCAGGGACCGCCCCUGCUGCUCCACGCUGUGUCUGCGCGCCUGAGCGCCCCCUACUGGCCACCUUCUCCAGUGCAACCGCACAGCGAUCCAGCCAGGCCUGUGCUCACCGCGGGGGAGAGGCUGGAGGUCCACUGCUGUAAAGACCCAUCAUUCUUUAAGCGUAGCUGCCCAACUGUCACUGCUACCUCCCUGUAUCUCCUUCAGCUCCUCGCUCAGUACAAUCCGGUAUAAGCUAGCUCAUACUGUACUUCUGCACAUGACUAAAAGACAUCACUGUUCCAUUGUUUUUGACUUGUGCAAGUCUAAUCCUGCAAUCAUGAUGCACUUUACGUGGUUAAUAAAUUGACCAGAUUGAAUGUGA